CAGGUAAGAACAGAAGAGGAACUAUACGUGGAAUCCUUUCUAAAGGUUUCACUUCUGCUAGCCAACCAGGAGUUGAUCAAGGUUCAACUUCAUGGCUAUAAGAUGCUUCAGCAUCUCCUGAAAUACAGGAGUGAAAAACUUAGCAGCGCUAAUCUUCUAAAGUUGAUGUUACAGCUGGUUAAAUCCGAUCAUGAUUUAGUUUUAGAGAGUACUGACAGUAGAAGCAGCAUGCCAGAUAAAAGACCCCAGAAUAGUGAUUGGAGUGCGGCACCCACGGAUUCAGCAAUACAUGGGUAUGCUUCUAUGUCUACUUAAUUCUCUCAACAGAAUAUGGAUCCAGAUGGAGUGGAAUUGUAAAUAUGUGCGUACCAUGUCUGGAUUGAGCAAUUUAUUUUCUGAUGGUCAAUUUUUGAAGAUGUCUUAUCACGUUGUGAAAUUCUGUGAGGAAAAGCUUAUGAAUGGAAUAAACGAGUAUGGUGCUUGUGAUGUGUUCUCCACAGCUCUUUUGGAAUUAAUCAUUCCUCUAUUCUUCUGCUCCGUUGUAUACAUGUACUUUGGACGGCGGAAAUUGGUGUUGACUUGUUGCCUGCAGAAGUUGAAAAGGCUAAAACCUUGAGCUGUAUGGAGCUUGAUCAUUUGCUUGAAAUUUCUGAUGGGCUGUAUACUAUUGACAGUGAGGAAUCGUUCCGUGAGAAUGAGACAAGGGCACUGUUAGAGGGAACUCGACAGAGGGUAUGUUAAACCUAUCUGCAACAAGGACACUGUCUCUUCUCAAGAUUUGGACUCUAUGGCACCAUCUUCUUUCUGCAGGUUUCUUCUACAUCAUAAUUUCUUUGAGAAGUUGAGGAUGAGCUUCUUUGGAUACUUUGUGGAUGAUAAAGCAGCAAUCAAGGCUCUUCACUUUUGCCGUUAUCUGAUUCAGCUUGCAGUUUCCACAAAUGAUGUGCGGCUUGAGCGUUUGAUUGUAGAUGAUCUGCUCCCGUGUUUGAUAUGGCGUCUAGACAAUGAGCUCCAAUGUGCAACCCAAAGUCUAAGACAUGAAUCAGGGUCAAGUACAGAUGGUAGUGUGGACAAAGAGCUGCAUGCUCUUUGUGAAGACUUGUAUGUUUAUCUGGUAAAGGAUUCUGACGGAGAAGAUAAAGAAAGCCGCCGCGCUGAAAACAAUUAUACAUCCUGGUUGGAAAAUGAAAUGGAAAAUCUUCGAGUAAAGGCGGGCUCUGCUGCUAAGGAACUUCUCGAGGGAUCUGACUGGAAUUGGGAAUUUGAAGAUGAAUUUCAGAGAUACCUUCCUGCUUAUAUGGAAAUGUUGGAACAAGUGGAUUCCAUGGAUGUCUCUGAUGAGCGUGAUUAUUUGAAAGAAGAAGCUCUCUUACAGAAAUUGAGGCCAGAGUUCAGAUCUAAGUAUGGCAUCAACAGCUGUGAGCACCCUUAUAUGUUGACCAUCUCAUCUUUGCGGCAACAACAAUUUUAUUCAAUGAAUGGCCUUAUAUACCAAAGGGAAAAAACCAAAUUUCUUAGCAAACUAAUCAUACUCAAGCCCUACAUCAAGGUCUCCGAUUGUUCUUCUGAUAUUAUUCGUCGUCUCCGCGAUAAAUCUGAGAUACAAUAUGAGCUUCCUGAAUGGGCUCUGUUACCAUCCGUUGAUUUUCUGCACACUGUAUUACUUCUUUGGGAACCUGUAUAUCAUCCUCUGAUACGCCAGAGCCACAUGGCCACACUUUUGUGGAUAGUUGAUCAUUAUAACAAGGGGAGUAAUAGAGAAUACGUGCAGCAAGUAGUACCAGCUACACAUGAUUUUAAGUUGCAUUUGCAGCCUUAUGCAUACGCAUUUUUUGAGACUAAGCUUAAAGAUAACAAGCAAAAAGGUCAUCUCAAAGUGUUGAUUACUGAGCUCGAAACAGAAGGUUUUUUCGACACUGAUAAUGCUUCUAUCGAUUGGGAGAAGGAGCGCUUUUCAGAACUUGGGAAUCAAUUCUGUGGCAAAGUUUUUGCUGGGCAUUCUCUUCCGAAACAUUUUGUGAUCAGAGGAAUCAUGGAUUAUCGGUCAAUCUUGUCGUUGAAGGAUAGAUCUCAGCCAGAUGCUUUCAGAUUCGUUGUUGGUCGAGUAUGUGACCGGUGGAUUGAACGCUGUGAAGCGGUAUUGACUUCUAUACAUCUACAACUAUACCGAUGUCUCAACUCGCAUAAGAUGAGUGGUGGAAAGUGGAAAAGCAUUGUGAAGUGCAUUAUUAAAAAACAUUCGUGUCAUUAUCUCUUUAUUUAUUUAGUAUUUGUCUUGUAUGUUUCUCCAGUUUUGGACGGAGACACGAUACCAUGAGCACGCCUGCUAUAACAUUGCCAGACGACCCCUGGAACAGGUCUUUGGAAUUGGAAGAAAGUCAGAGCCCUUAGAAGAUACUGUGGUGAUCUAAUCCCUUGUUGACAGCUACAUCGUUCAUGUUGGCUGAACUUUAGGGCAAUAAAUUGGUUAGUCAAAAGAUGAUUUCAGAUCUGCAAGUCAAGCUUCAGGAAAAUGUGAAGCUGUAGCUGGUCUCAAGAAAUUUAUUAAUGCAAGGCACUCAUGGAUGAACAAGAUACCAUGGUGGAUUAUUGAGACAAGUGGCUACCAAUCAAAGCCCAAAGAUACAGGUCGAAGUUUCGUGGAUUGUUUGCGAGAUAGAGUUGAGCACGAGCUCUCUUUUAUUCAUAAACAGGUGUAUAUUCUCGAUUGAAUACUACUCCCUCCGAUCCAAAAUAAGUGUCGCAGUUUUGAACUAAGGUUGAACUAACCUUGGUUCAAAGCCGCGAUACUUAAUUUGGAUUGGAGGGAGUAACUUCUAAAUACAAUUUGUGUAAUUGUGCUUAACUCUCUGCUAUUGUAGGAUCAGCAGAAGUCUAUAGGAUUUAGUCAAAAAUAUGUUGUAGGAUCAGCAGAUCUGACGUUAAGUGAUGUAGCUUGCACUUGUUCAGUUCUGCUCACUCAAAUCCUGCUGUCUUGAUCUGUAUAUGGCUUAAUGUAAAACAGUCUGCUGUAUUUUCUUAGCAUUCCUUUUUUUUUUCUGCUUAUGCAUCACAUGUGAUGGCAAACGACCUCUUCAUCUUUGUUCUUGACACGAUUGUUGCUGAUAUGUUUAUCUUGCUGCUCCAACUGUGUUCUGCCAUUUUGAU